AUGGCCGGUAAAACUCCGUCCGAAAAAAGACUCCAUAAAGAAUUGAUAUCGCUCGUUAAAGAACCUCCUCCAGGAAUGGUUGUAGAUGUUGAUCAAGCAGAACAAAACCUGAAUGUUUGGACUAUAAAUAUGCAAGGUGCUGAAGGUACUUUAUAUGAUGGAGAACAGUUCCAGUUGCAAUUCAAAUUUGGUACCAGUUAUCCCUUUGAGUCGCCUGAAGUUACAUUUGUGGGCCAAAACAUUCCAGUUCAUCCACAUGUGUAUAGUAAUGGACAUAUUUGUUUAUCUAUUCUUACUGAUGACUGGUCACCAGCAUUAUCUGUUCAAUCUGUCUGUCUUUCAAUUAUAUCUAUGCUAAGCAGCUGCAAAGAAAAGAAAAGACCUCCAGACAACAGUUUCUACAUAAAAACAUGCAACAAAAAUCCAAAAAAAACAAAAUGGUGGUAUCAUGAUGACAAAGUUUGA